AUGCAUAUUGCGCUUCACUUUGAAGAAGACUUAGAGGAGUAUGCCACUCCUUUCAAUAGCAAUGUCCUUCCUGGAGAGAACAAGCAUCGGCAUCUGAAGAAGCUUGCAGAACAGACCAAUCAUCAGAAUCCAGAAAAGCACCUGCUCUUGAAUGAAUGCCUUCAAAGGGGUACACAGCUUUGGAUGGAAGGAGCCUAUGCUAUCGAUGACCCAGAUGGAACUGAAAUGGCUCGUAAGGUCGCCCGGACAUGUCCUUCUCUAAUCAGAUCUCGCUACGGUGUUGCUAUUCCAGAUGAUCCUUCCAAAACUGGCUCAAAUUCUCGGAAGAAAAAAAGCAUAUUAGGACAGUCCGAGAAUCCAGCUGAAACUCCAUUCCACUCCAACAUCAGGGCGUGGUCUCCUAACUACCAGGAUCAUUUUGGGAUCCCCAACCAGCUUUCUUUAUUACGAAUGAAAAGCUCUUUCCUGGACCUUUUACGUCAUUCCUAUAAUGCCGAUUAUUCGAUUCCUCACAUUGUGGACCCAGGUCCAGGCUAUUUACGCUGGUACAACAAGAUAACAUUCCAGUACAGGGAUAAGACAUCAACCACAACUCUGUCUACAAACCAGUUCGCCAAGUUCCAGAAUGGAAGCUUUGUGCUCAUCCUUAACUUUUUUACUCACAAGUUACUGGGGGGGAAACUGAGGGCUUUUCUCUACGGGCAUCCAGUCCGACCAGUUGUGGGUCCAGGGGCUACAGACCCUGAUCUGGGCCUCCCGCGUUACAUUCUUGUCCAAGACCAAUUUAUCGUUGUCGGGCUCCCUGCAAUUACAGAUGAGCGUCCUUACUUUACAAGGGCUGCAAAAAUCACCAACAUCCAAGGGCAGCAGAUAGGUGACAAGGAGCCAGGACACGUACUGGUUUAUUGCACCUGGGAGAUCUCGUUCUUCUAG